AUGCGCCACGCGGAGCGCUUCCGAUUUUCGGCGACUCCAUAUGCAAAUCUUUUAACCUCGACGAACGAUCCGCUUUUCUGGCUUCACCACUCGUUUGUCGAUCUGAUUUGGGAGCAGUGGCGCCAGGCAAAACAGACACGCCAACAACGCGAAAACCACUACCCGGCUGAUAACCUACAAUGCGCUACGGAAGCACAUUUUGGUGGGACUAUAAUGCGCCCAUUUACGCCGUUGAUAAAUAAGGAUGGUCUGUCGAACAGCUACACCGACAACUUGUACGAGUACGCCCCGCGGCCAGGCUGUAGCGCUCAGCAGGACUGCGGCUCCGAGCUGCUCUUCUGCGACCGUUCGAACGGAGCGCCGCGUUGCGCCUCGAAGGUGAAGAUCGGGGCCAGCUGCGGUGGUUACAGGAUGGGCGAGAACCCGUGCUACAGGGGAGAGUGUCUGAACGGCAUCUGCCAAAGAAGUUCUCAGCCCAACCCGGGUCCUGCACCGACGACUGGCCGGCCGGAUGUGCCGACGACGACAAGGAGGACGUGGCCGACGAGGCCGCCGUGGAAUGGAGGGAGCCCAACCCACAUCGAACCCGGAUACGGUUGCGGUGUUCACGUCGAGCCGGGCUACGGUAGUGGCCCACACGUCGAGCCAGGCUACCGUAACCCUGACAGCCCUGUUUACGUCGAGCCGGGCCUCGACCCUAUCACCUACCCACCCAGCAACCAAAACCCAUACCUUGCCUUCCAACGCGGGAAA